GUUUAACCUUUGUUUUUAAUCUCUAGUAUUCGCAAAAAUGGGUAAGGAAAAGACUCACAUUAACAUCGUCGUUAUCGGCCACGUCGAUUCCGGUAAAUCAACCACCACCGGUCACAUGAUCUACAAAUGUGGUGGUAUUGACAAGCGUACCAUCGAGAAGUUCGAGAAGGAAGCCGCCGAACUCGGAAAAGGUUCCUUCAAGUACGCCUGGGUUUUGGACAAACUCAAGGCUGAACGUGAACGUGGUAUUACCAUCGAUAUUGCCUUGUGGAAAUUCGAGACACCCAAGUACCACGUUACCGUCAUUGACGCUCCUGGUCACAGAGAUUUCAUCAAGAACAUGAUCACAGGUACAUCCCAAGCUGACUGUGCUAUCUUGAUUAUCGCCGCCGGUACUGGUGAAUUCGAAGCUGGUAUCUCCAAGGACGGUCAAACCCGUGAACACGCCUUGUUGUCCUUCACAUUGGGUGUCCGUCAAUUGAUUGUUGCCGUCAACAAGAUGGACACAACCAAAUACUCCGAAGAACGUUUCAACGAAAUUGUCAAGGAAGUUUCCAACUUCAUCAAGAAGGUCGGUUACAACCCCAAAAGCGUAGCAUUUGUGCCCAUUUCUGGAUGGCACGGUGACAACAUGAUUGAAGCCACCACCAACAUGGCUUGGUACAAGGGUUGGGAAAAGGAAACCAAGGCUGGUAAGAGCACUGGUAAGACCCUUUUGGAUGCCAUUGAUGCUAUCGAACCUCCAAGCCGUCCUACCGACAAGCCAUUGCGUCUUCCUUUGCAAGAUGUUUACAAGAUCGGUGGUAUCGGUACUGUGCCAGUCGGUCGUGUCGAAACCGGUGUUAUCAAACCAGGUAUGGUUGUUACCUUCGCACCAUCAAACGUCACCACCGAAGUCAAGUCCGUCGAAAUGCACCACGAAUCUUUGCCAGAAGGUUUGCCAGGAGACAACGUUGGUUUCAACGUCAAGAACGUUUCCGUCAAGGACAUCCGUCGUGGUAACGUUGCCUCUGACUCCAAGAACUCCCCAGCCAGCGAAUGUGCAUCAUUCACUGCUCAAGUCAUUGUCAUGAACCACCCUGGUCAAAUCGGUAACGGUUACGCACCAGUCUUGGAUUGCCACACUGCACACAUUGCUUGCAAGUUCGACACACUCUUGGAGAAGAUUGACCGUCGUUCCGGUAAAUCCAUCGAAGAUGCACCCAAGUUCAUCAAGUCUGGUGACGCUGCCAUGGUUAAGAUGAUUCCCACCAAACCAAUGUGCGUUGAAGCCUUCUCAGACUUCCCUCCUCUUGGUCGUUUCGCUGUCCGUGACAUGAGACAAACCGUCGCUGUCGGUGUUAUCAAGUCCGUUGAAGCCGCUGUUGGUGGAAAGGGCAAGGUCACCAAGGCUGCCGAAAAGGCAUCCAAGAAGAAGUAAGCGGAUCUGUGUUGAAGAAAGAUCAUUCGAAUUGCGUUCGCGCUUUUUGCUGUUCUUUCGCAACACGAGUGUAUUGUUGGGUGUUGAUUGAAUGAUCGUAUUCUUUUCUUAUGGUCACUGUUGUCUAUACCCUUUAAUAUGCUUUUCUAUUACUCUUUUCGCCCGCGCUAGCAUCAUCGCGGAGUCUAUGGUGCUCAUUGAAAAAAACCCUUUGUUUCUUACAUACA